UUGCGCAUGCGCAAAAUCCGUUUGCACUCUGUAACUCUGCUUCCGUUUCCUUUUUCAUUCUUUAUUGCACUCUUCAACGUUGUGGAACUCGUGGAGUCCUUAAACUUCCGUAAGGUAUCCCUACACACAGUUCAAGAUGGGUAGGGAGGACAAAGCAACAUGGAAAUCAAAUUACUUUACCAAGCUUGUUCAACUAUUGGAUGAUUUUCCCAAAUGCUUCAUUGUGGGUGCAGACAAUGUUGGAUCAAAGCAAAUGCAACAAAUACGCAUGUCACUGCGUGGCAAUGCAGUUGUAUUGAUGGGUAAAAACACCAUGAUGAGAAAAGCAAUUCGUGGUCAUAUAGAACGCAACGCAGCACUGGAAAAAUUGCUUCCUCACAUUCGUGGCAAUGUUGGAUUUGUAUUCACUCGCGGAGAUUUGAUUGAAGUAAGAGACAAGUUGUUGGAAAAUAAAGUACGUGCACCUGCCAGAGCGGGAGCCAUUGCACCUUUGAGCGUCAUCAUCCCAGCUCAAAAUACAGGACUUGGUCCUGAGAAGACUUCCUUUUUCCAAGCUUUGAGUAUUCCGACAAAAAUCUCCAAGGGUACUAUUGAAAUUAUAAAUGAUGUGCACAUUCUUAAACCUGGUGACAAAGUGGGAGCUUCCGAAGCUACACUCUUGAACAUGCUGAAUAUUUCUCCAUUUUCAUACGGACUGUUGGUUGAGCAAGUAUAUGAUUCCGGUACCAUUUUUGCACCUGAAAUUCUAGACAUCAAACCUGAAGAUCUUCGUGAAAAGUUCAUGGCCGGAGUUGCAAACUUAGCUUCGGUUUGUUUGACAAUUGGUUAUCCUACGGUCGCCAGUGCACCACACAGCAUUGCAAAUGGUUUCAAAAACUUGUUGGCUAUUGCUGCUGUUACUGAUGUUGAAUUCGCUGAAGCUGCCACCAUUAAGGAAUAUAUCAAGGAUCCAAGCAAAUUUGCCACUGCUGCUGCUGCUGUAGCAACUCCAGCAGCUGCAGCUGCUGAUGCUUCUGCUGCGGAGAAGAAGGAAGAAAAGAAGGAAGAAUCCGAGUCAGAAGACGAUGACAUGGGCUUUGGAUUAUUUGACUAAAACACAUGUACAUCUUAAAAAUCAUUGUCAAGCAAAAGUAAAUACAAAUUUUAAAUCACAUUUUAUAAAUGCUUGUUGCUGACAUCAAAAUAAAAAU